CUAUGAUUAUGAUAUUAUCUUAAGGCCAUUGUCUUCUUUGUGUAUAAUUGUGCUGGUUUUUGUUAGUUACUUGAAUUCAGCAUUGUAAAAGAUGAAAUUUGUUAAAUCAUUAGCCGAAUCAAAUGAUCUGAAUUCCAUUCCUUCUUUAUACACAUACCCAACAAACUCUAAUGAGCCACCAGCUUCAGACCCUCAAAAUUCAAUCCCUACGAUCGAUUUUUCCUUACUAACCUCGUCUGAUCCUUAUUUACGGUCCCAAGCGCUCCAAGAGCUUGAUACCGCAUGUAAGGAUUGGGGAUUUUUUCAGGUGAUUAAUCAUGGUGUACCAGAGACUUUAAUGAACAUGGUUCUUGAAAAAUCGCGUGAAUUUUUCAACUUGACAGAUGAAGAGAAGAAAGAUUUCGAAGAAAGGGAUGUUUGGGAUCCAAUUAGAUAUGGAACAAGCUUCAACUCUAAAAAGGAUGAAGUUUUUUACUGGAGGGAUUUUCUCAAGAUCGUUGUACACCCUGAGUUUAAUUGCCCGAAUAAGCCUUUAGGUUUCAGGGAAGUUCUACUUGAGUACUCGAAGAGAACCAGAGAACUGGCUAGAGGUUUGCUUAGCGCAAUAUCAGCAAGCCUAGGACUCGACCCGUCUUACGUAGAAAAAGCUUUGGAUAUUGAUUCCGGGUUACAGAUAUUUGUGGUUAAUUUUUACCCACCUUGCCCACAACCCGAUCUUGCAAUGGGGUUGCCCCCUCAUUCAGAUCACGGCCUCUUCACCCUCUUAAUCAACAACGGUGUAAGUGGACUACAAAUCAAACAUAAAGGGAAAUGGCUUAACGUGAACAGUACUCUUCCUAACUCAUUUUUAGUCAAUACCGGAGACCACCUUGAGAUUUUUAGUAAUGGCAAGUAUAAAAGUGUUGAGCAUCGUGCAGUUGUGAAUAAUUCGGUCACAAGGAUGUCGGUAGUUUUGGCGAACGGGCCAUCGUUGGACGCAUAUGUGAGUCCGGCUUACUCGUUGUUGGACGAAGAAAUGUGUCCUGCGGCAUAUGUUCCGAUGAAGUACAAGGACUAUCUUGAAAUGCAACAAGGCAACCAUUUAGUUGGAAAAACUUGUUUGGACCGAGUUCGAAUAUGAGAUAUAAGUCCUUAUGCUCUUUUGUAAUGCCAAUGUAUUAAUAACCAACCAGCCUUUAAACUAA